AUGGCGACUCUUCAGAAAUUCAAGCUUCUCGCCACUCAAUGUGCAGUAGCCGGAAGCCCUACGCAAAGUCCCACGACUAGCCCCGUCGUCCACCUCCGCCGCCGCAAGACACUCCGCAUGCUUCUCUCCCGCUCCGCUGACCACCACCGCCGCCGAAUUCCCCGCCGUAAUGACCAAUCUGAGCUCCAGAACGGUCCUCCAGAGAAAAAGAGAGUUAGGAGGAAAUUGAAGGACCUGUUCGUUUCAUCGCCGCCUUUUGAAGAUAAGGAGAAUGAUAAUCCGGAUGAUAGUGAUGAUGCAGUAGAGGUGUUACCGGUUGCCGGUAGUGCCAGUGGCACUGGUGGCGGUGGCGCUGGAGGUUUGGCUGCUCGGCGCGGUGGAGGUGGUUCGCUGAGACCGGUAUCUGGUACGUUUAGGUAUAGGUUACUGAGGAGAGCUUGGCGACCGGUGUUGGUAACCAUCCCUGAGUAG